AUGGAUCCGGGGACUAUUCCAGGAAUAAAUGAGCCCGCAAGGGCCUCAACACCACCACCAGAGGACCCUGCGCAUGAAGCUGUUGCCAAACAUGGUGUGGCUGCACAGGUGAACUAUCUUCCGCAAGAGGACAACAUGGCCGGUAAAACAUUCAAAAGAGCGUUGAAUCCGCGAAUUCUCGACGAAGACGCUUCAUCAUGCAGCUCGUUCAAUUCGGAAUCGGAUUUCGAUGACGACGACGACGAUGAAUUAUGCAAACUGAUUGCGCCGCCAACUGCACAAAACGCAGCGGAUGACGCUUUGGAGAAGAAUUCGGCGUCGAAUGAUGAUGGUGUCGAGGGAAAUCGCGAUAUUCAAAAUGAUGAAGACGAUGAUAUGAGGCCCCAUUUGGAGCCGAUAAACGAAGACGAGUUGGCGAAUGGGCCCGUUGAGAGUGCGGCACCAGAAUUGGGUCCGACACACGGCGCUGAAUGCGAACCGCAAGGUCCCAGUGUACCAGCAAUUGAUGCAAAGGCCAACGUGCCAUUGGCUGAUGAGUCGGACCACGACUCAAAUGAGCAGCCAUCAACAUCGGGACAAGGUGAUAAGAAGGCGCCAAAAAAAGGGAGAGAAUCCGGCGACGACGAAAAUGAAAAUGACGAUGAGGGCGCAGGAAAGAACAAGAAGAAGAAGAUGGUAGGAAUUAUUGUUUGA